CGCAUCUCCUUCGGCCGAUAAAGUCGGGUCAGAGAGCGAUUGAAAAUUAUCUGCCGUAGAUUUGUGUUGCAACAAGUCUUGGCAUUGGUCUUGGCGCUCAAGCUUUGUUUUGACCUCUUCGACAAAGUUUCAAUCAACCUUGAUCAGGCCUUGCUUAAGCCAAAUAAACAUUAAACAACAUCUGUUUUUCCAGAAACAUCAACUCUUAGACAAACCCAACCUAACUCAACUAUAAUUGAAUAGAGUUAACAUGUCCGGAACUAGCAUUACCCUGCCAGUCACAACAUCUGCAGCCAUGUUCCAGCACAUCGUCUAGAUUGUCUGAUAAUUCAGGGUCUGUUGAUCGUCGUCGUAACGUUAACUCAAUGGCGAAAAGGGCUCACAGUGUUCGCAACUAGGCAGGUGGUUAUUUCCUGCCCGGGUCUGAAUGUCACAUUCACUUUGUCCUCAUGGAAGAGCGGAAAUGCUGCAUUGGGACACCCAUCCAAGCGCUCAGCUUUAGAAUGUUGCUGAUACUCCGUACCAAUAUGCACAUCCCAUUGCCAUGGCAGAAGAAAACUGUACGUGAAAGCCUCCAGCUGCAAGUUACUUGUACAAAAUACGUAUUGAUUGUCAGGAAAAGUCGCAGAACGUCAUCACCAAGUCCUGAGUCAAACCUAGGGCUAGCCUUACUGUAGUCAGAAAAGCUUCUUUUUGAUGGCCAGCACCCAAGAAGUGAUGAUGAGGGUCAUGGGAGACUCGGGACCGAGUCGGCUCCCCACUUACCGUCACCAAACUCUCACCUUGGCUCACCGAAGUUGACCCAUGUUGCCCCGGUCUGGCUGCUCGCUCACCGAGCAUACCCCCACCUUGUCUUACCCCACUGCAGCCUAGUAGCCUACCUUAGCAGCAAGUGAUUGCUAUCCACCAAACCACACGUCAAGUUACAUAGCUCUUCAUAUCCAUCCCACAUUGUUUAAUAGGUGUGUCUGGGUGUGUACGAGCUACGCACAGCUUCGAAAUGUCCGAAUCAAGUCCCUUGGCGGCUUACUUUGCCCAUAUGAGCAACUCGGGUGGCAUCAUUGUCCAAGAACAACCAAAGCUCGACCUCGAUCUCUAUAUCCAGAAUUACGCCGGGCGAACAAGAAUCGAUCGCCUCAUCCACAUUGGAAAGUCCUCUGUACCACUUUGUAUCGACGCGCUCAAGGCUGCUAUCGCCGAGAUCAAGAAAGGCUCGGAUGUGGCCCUGUACGUCGACGCUUGGGGCUGUCUUCGCCUCGCCGCUCCUGACGACCCCGACGCCCAAAAAGAUCAAGCAUGGAUCGACAGAGUCGAGCGCGAGAACAAGACGGAAGCUGCACGGCUCGAAACCCAGCUUAAGCAAUACAAACACAAUUUGAUCAAAGAGAGCAUCCGAAUGGGAAACGAGGACUUGGGUUUGCAUUUUGAAAAGACCGGAUAUUUAGAGGCAGCCGCCGAGGCGUACAACCGCAUGCGCCAGGACGUAACCACCACCAAACACAUUAUCGAUUGCGGCAUCCACCUCGUGAAUGUCUACAUCGCUAGACGCGACUGGACUAUGGUUUUGAACAAUCUAGGUAAGAUCGUCGGUGUUCAGAGUGGUGAGGAGGAACGUUUAUACCAGCCAUACACAAAACUUGUCUCCGGUAUUGCGCUCCUUGGCCUUAAGCACUACAAGGAUGCAGCCUACAACUUUCUCCAAGUCGACUUCACCAUACCGCCUGCGCAAUACAACCACAUCGCUAGCCCAAACGACAUUGCCGUUUACGGAGGUCUCCUUACCCUGGCGACUAUGGAUAGACAUGAACUUCAAGCUCGAGUCUUGGACAGCCAGUCGUUCCGCUCGUUCCUAGAACACGAGUCACACAUCCGCAAGGCCAUCAGUCUUUUUGUCAACGGUAGAUACUCAAGCUGCCUCGCUAUCCUCGAGUCCAUUCGAAACGACUGUCUCCUGGACAUCUACCUACAGCGCCAUGUCCCAGCCCUCUACUCACAGAUCCGAAGAAAAUGCAUUGUCCAGUACUUCAGACCAUUCUCAUGUGUCACUCUCGAGAGCUUGAACCAAGCAUUUGCGCAAGAAGGCGAGUCAGUCGACACGGAGCUCGUAUCUAUGAUCCGCGAAGGAAUUCUCAAGGCCCGUCUAGAUAUCAAGGAGCAGUUGCUCAUUGCAGACCAACCCAACCCACGACUUGAGAUGCAGAAGCAGGCACUUGAGGUCGCUACCCAGUACGAGGAGGAGGCCAAGGAGAGACUCCGUCGCAUCAGCCUCAUUGCCGCUGGUCUUGAGGUCGCAGGUAGAGCAAAGGGAUCUGGUCUUGGUGGCCGUGGAAUAGAUGAGCAGUGGUACGGUGAGGGCAAAGCACCGGGACAACCAGGCGCCGUCGAGGGCUAGAAAUUUCGGUGCAUAAUGGUAUGAUAUUGUUUGCUUUGCCCCUUUUCGACUUCCCCGGCGAGAAGCAGGGCUAGCUGGGUAUCACAACCCGAACCAAUGGACUGCAUAUCGCAUUACGGCCUAGGCGUUAGGAAUUCCUGAUCACGGUUAUCCACUUAUGGGUAUGGAACUACACCGCAGUAGAUUAGAUGAGGCGUCAGGAGCAUUCUUCAAAAUCAAUCAUUUCUAUCCAGUG